GUCAAUUUGAUGGAGUAGCUUUUCAUUUCUUGGACACUCAGCAACAGCCUCUCCCACGCGCUCAUGCACAUGCACGCUCGUGCACGUUUACUCUCCUAGCGUCUAGUGUGAGUGUGUGAAAGAGACCCUUCCUAUAGCUGCUGAUAUCCUGGAUUUUUAAGAUCGUUCAUUUUGAGUGUCCCCACCUUCGGGCUGUGAGGAGGACGGCCAUCCCCGCAGCUACGGGUCCAGAAUCUCCAUCCUCAGCCGCAGAGGGAAGAGCAGCUGGAAGAGGAGGAAGAGGGAGGAAGAGAAGGAGAGAGAGAGCUGGGCCCCAGAGCGCUCCAGCACUGGCAGCGGGGGGAAGAAGCGUGCUUCUUUGGGGCUUAACGAAGGUGCAAGCAUGCGCUGCUCCACCCUCCUGUGUAUCCUGAUGGGGGUGCUGCUCUACCUAGUGCUGGGGGCCGUGGUGUUCCAGGCCCUGGAGGCUCCCCAUGAGGAGGGCCAGCACAUACAGCUGCAGGACACACGCAGAGCCUUCCUGGAGAACUACACCUGUGUCAGCCCAGACAUCCUGCAGGCCCUCAUAGAGGAGGUGGCAGAUGCUGUGGGUGCGGGUGUGGAUCCUAGCAGCAAUUCCUCCACCUUCACCAGCCAAUGGGACCUGGCCAGCGCCUUUUUCUUCUCUGGGACCAUCGUCACCACCAUUGGUUUUGGGAACAUCUCCCCAAAGACAGAAGGGGGGCAGCUGUUCUGUAUCUUUUAUGCCCUGGUGGGGAUCCCUCUGUUUGGUAUCCUGCUGGCUGGAGUUGGAGACCAUCUGGGGACCGGGCUGAGGAAGGCCAUCCUCAAAAUUGAAUUUCUCUUAGCGAAAUGGAAGGUGAGUCCUACUAUUGUUCGAGUCAUCUCAGCCAUACUCUCCAUCCUGUUGGGGGUAGCACUCUUCGUUGCAGUGCCAACGCUGGUGUUUCAGGAGGUGGAGAAGUGGACUCUCCUGGAGGCAUCCUACUUUGUUGUCAUCACCCUGACUACAGUGGGUUUUGGAGACUAUGUUGCAGGUGAUAGUGGAGAUGGUGGUAAAGACCACUGGUACAAGCCCCUGGUGUGGUUCUGGAUCCUGCUGGGCCUGGCCUACUUUGCUUCCAUCCUGUCCAUGGUUGCAAACUGGCUUCGGGUCCUGUCCAAGAAGACCAGGGCUGAGAUGGAGGAGCUCAGAGCCCGUACCACUGACUGGGGUCAGAACAUUCAGAACAUGUCCGUGGACUUCCGCAUGCCAGACGACCCCUUCAAACGACGACGACGAAAGCGUCGACAUGGCCCUCGCAGCCGAGGCAAUGGGGCAGGCCAUGUGUCUGGGACUGGGGCCCCUGGGAAGGGGGGCAGAGUGAUGGAGAAUGGCCAGCUGAACAGCCAAUCAGAGACUGGAUCAUCCUCAUACUCUUACUCAUCCAACGAGUCAGAGUCUGGAUCUGCAACAGGGUCAGAGGUCUCGCAGCAUGAGCGGGUAGUAGAGGAAAAAGAGAAGGAUGUCGAUAAGGAGAAUGCCUUCCCAGAAUCCCUGUAUUCCCAGCCUCUGGACUACUUUGGAGAGAACCUGGCAUACAUUGAUGAGUCCUCAGAUGCAGUUAGUGGAAAAUUACAUUUGGAUCCCCUGUUGGAUCCAACACAGCCCGUCUCUACACGCUCACGAAAGCCCAAGAGGAGACGGCCCAGAAGGCCACCCCCAGAGAAGAGCCCUAAAAUUAGCCCUACCAAGCCUGAGAAGAAAGAGCCCAAUGGAGACAUAAAACCCCCUGAAAAUCCACCGCCACCGAAGGAUAGAUGAACCAAAUGCUCAAAGGGGUGAAGGGAAGAAGAAGUUGUGGGAAGAACUGAACCUGAUUGAUUAUGUUUUAUUCACUACACUGUUCAUGUUUCAUAAACAUAGUUUGAGUGUGUGUGUGCCUGAUUCAAAUAGGGAGUGAGCCUUGACGUAAUAGCAGAUUGAUUUAUUCAAAUAAUCCUGACAAAACUUAACCAUGUCACUUCUUUAACCUGAUGUUGCCUUCGUAGCGUUUUAAUAAGGAACACAAUCUUAUGUGUCCCAUUUACUGGGCAAUCAUGAAACUGCAAAGCCCUGUUUUCUCUGGAUAUAAUAAGCAGUGAAGCACACCAACAUGCAUUGUAUUUUUUUUUAUACUCUGAAUCAAUUUAUAUUUUUUGCCGUUAGGGGAAAAAAGCCUUAUGACAAUAACUCUCCCAUAAUGAAUUUGUCCCUGAAUGUCUAGAGCCCAAACUUUAGAGAACAAAGCUUUGGUGUAUAUAAUAGGAAAAUUCUAAUUCAAGGCACGAGUAAAUCCAGUCUCUGCCAAUAACCAUAUCUGGUCUUGCAUGACCUUAGCCUAAGUAUUACACUAGUGACGUUAUUACUGUGUGCACUGUGUACAGCAUAUGCCAUUGUAUAUAUUUUUGAGUAUUAUUUGAAUGUAUUACACACAACUGUUCUGUAAAAUAAACAACACAUUUUUAAAAUAA